CAUUCUCCCCUUCCUCCCCGCCCCCCUCCUCGGCUUCCCACCGCGUUCACCCUGGCAGUCGUCGCUCUACUGCCGUGAGAGGAGGGAGGUCUGCGCUCGGGGCUCUCCAGCAGUUUGUGGGUCACGAAGUGCGUCGCCGUGCAGGGCUCGACAGGGCAUCGGGGAUGGAGGCGGAGGCGUUUCGCACCGCGGCGCGGGAGAUGAUCGAUUACGUCAUCGACUACCUCGAGGGGAUCCGGGACCGCCGGGUCCUGCCCACGGUGGAGCCGGGGUACAUGCGGGGGAUGCUGCCGGAGGAGGCCCCGAGGGAGCCCGAGCCCUGGUCCGCAGUCCUCUCGGACAUCGAGAGGGUCAUCAUGCCGGGGGUGACGCACUGGCAUUCGCCGCAUUUCCACGCAUUUUACCCAACGGCUAAUUCCUACCCAGGCAUUCUGGCAGACAUCUUGUCGGGAGCUAUCGCCUGCAUCGGCUUCACUUGGCAAUCGAGCCCGGCGUGCACGGAGUUGGAGAUGAACAUGAUGGACUGGCUGGGGAAGCUCCUGGCCCUUCCGAAGGAGUUCCUCUUCUGUUCCGGCGGGAAGGGCGGAGGCGUCAUCCAGGGCACGGCGAGCGAGGCGACGCUGGUGGCGCUGCUGGCGGCCAAAGCCAGGACCGUGAAGGCAGUCAAGGCCCAGCACCCGGAGUGGAACGAGGCCUCCAUCGCUGGGAUGCUCGUCGCCUAUACCUCAGAGCAAGCACAUUGUAGCGUCGAGAGAGCAGGGAUGCUCGGAGGGAUGAAGAUGCACCUCCUGGAGACGGGCGAGAGCCUGACCCUCACGGGAGCGAAGCUGGAGGAGGCGGUGAAGGAGGACCUCGCUCGGGGACUCAUCCCCUGCUACGUGGUCGCAACCCUGGGCACGACGACAACGUGCGCGUUCGACGACAUCCUCUCGAUUGGACCGGUCUGCGAGAAGUUCGGGCUCUGGCUCCACAUCGACGCGGCCUAUGCAGGAGCAGCAUUCAUAUGCCCUGAAUUCCGGCAUCUGCUGAACGGAGUGGAGUACGCGGAAUCCUUUAACUUCAACCCCCAUAAAUGGAUGCUCGUCAACUUCGACUGCUCCGCGCUCUGGUUCAAGGACGCCUCUCUGGUUGUGGACGCCUUCAACGUGGACCCCGUGUAUCUGAAGCACGACCAGCAGGGGGUCGUCCCCGACUACCGGCACUGGCAGAUCCCGCUCGGGAGGCGCUUCCGAUCCCUCAAGCUCUGGUUCGUCUUUCGUCUGCUGGGGGUGGAGGGGAUCCAGGAGAACGUGAGGAAGCACGUGCGAUUGGCCCGCAGGUUCCACCGGCUCCUCCUCGAAGACCCGAGAUUCUCCGUUCCCUUUCCGCCGGCCAUGGGACUCGUCUGCUUCCGACUCGAGGGUUCGAACGAGCGGAGCAAGAUGCUUCUGAACCUGAUCAGGGAGAGCGGGAAGAUCUUCCUCGUCCCGGGCGGAGUGAAGGAGACUUUCUUCCUUCGCUUCUCCAUCUGCGCCCGGACGACGACGGAGGAAGACGUGGAUUUCGCUUGGCGCGAGAUCCAGAGCCUCGCGGAUCAGGUCGCGCCCGACGUCUGAUCCGGGAUCGCGGGCGCCUC